AGCAAGCUGCGCAACGGUAAUUUUGGCAACUUCCAAUCCUUCUAAGGAGUUUUGCGUGUUAUUCUCUUCUAAGUGUUAAUAUAUAAAUUUAUUACAUUAAAUAAUUAUUUUCUCUUUAAUAUUACUUCCCGUUAAUUUCGCCAUUCAGUGUCGUUUUAUUUUGUAAUCGGCAGCAACUUUCGGUGGAUAUUAAAGAUGUCACGAGCAGCAGAAGUCUAAUAUUUGAGAAUGAGUACUAUCUGUAAAAACUGAUCAAUUCUUAUCUAUUAUAUUCAAUUUUACGUUUCCUAACUAAUUCAAAGUCGCUGGGCUAUUGCAUUUAUAAAAGUAGUGUACGUCACAAUCAGUACAUUAUAAAUUAAUAAGCUUCACAAGAUUUUUUUCGAAAUGGGAGUGUUUCUUGGUGUUGCUUUGGCAGGUUCCGUUGUUCUAAUUAUUAUUUUAAUCAUAAAACAACUUUUUUGGCGUGGCCGACUUAAAAGUAUCGCAAACAAACAUGUCGUUGUAACUGGUGGUUCUAGUGGAAUUGGAAAAUGUGUGGCAUUGUUAGCCGCUAAACAAGGUGCUCAUGUGACAAUUAUAGCGCGAGAUGUACAAAAAUUGGAAUCAGCCAAAUCUGAAAUUUUACAAGCAUGUCGAAACAGAGAUAUUCAAAAGGUAGAAUACCUUUCGCUGGACAUUGGAAAGAGUUAUGAGAAUGUAGAGAAAUCAUUAAAUGAUCUAGAAAAAACUAUGGGACCGAUUUAUAUGCUUGUUAAUUGCGCGGGUACCGCAAUUUGUGGAAAAAUUGAAGAUACCACUACAGAGAAUUUGAAGUAUAUGAUAGACAUCAAUUUCCUUGGUACUUACUACUGUAUUAAAGCUGUGGUACCCAGGAUGAAAAGUACUAAGGAAGGAAUCAUUGUAUUAACCUCUUCUCAAGCUGCUCUUUUAGGUGUGUUUGGUUAUUCAGCUUAUUCGAGUACUAAGUUUGCCCUUCGUGGUCUGGCCGAGAGCAUAGCAAUGGAGUUAAAUCCUCACAAUGUUAGUGUAACUCUUUGCUUACCACCGGAUACAGACACACCAGGAUUUGCUAUAGAAGAGCUUUCAAAGCCCUUGGAAACUAAGUUGAUUUCAGCAGCUGCUGGUCUUGUUAAUCCAGAAGAUGUUGCUGAUCAGCUGAUCAAAGAUGCCUUGAGUGGCAAAUUCUUCUCCACUGUUGGAAUGGAAGGCUUCAUUCUUACUACUUUAUGUGCUGGAAUGUCACCAUUUAGUUCGCUUAGUGAGUUGAUUCUGCAAUCCUUACUUAUGGGGUUGCUUAGACUUGUGAGUGCCUGCUAUCUCAUAUCUUUCCAAAGGAUUAUUCUAAAUUGUAUGAAAACGCGUGAUAAAAAUAAGAAGUCUGAGUGAAAAAAGCAUUCCACACAAAAAUUUGUAACUUGCAAGUGCACACAUGUACUUUGAGAUAUAUUGUAUAAAUGUAAUGCACAAUAAAUGAAUACACUAAUAAUUA